AUGUCACGAAUGUCGGAUCAGCAGAGGGCAGUCUUUGCAGGUAAGCUACUUGAGAAUGACCGGACCCUGGAGGAGUACAACAUCCAGAAAGAGUCCACCAUCCACUUGGAUGGCACUUUGACACAGCUCUUCGCAUUCUUCAUUGAACGAUGCCGAGCAAUGGUGGGCUGCGUGGUGUGUUUCUCGCCCAUCGGUGACAACUGGCGCACGCGCCUUCGACAGUUUCCAUCGCUGGUGAAUUGCUGUACCAUUGAUUGGUACACAGCAUGGCCGCCAGAUGCCUUGAUGGCGGUCGCCACCAAGUUCUUGGAGUCGAUUCCUGAUUUGGACGCGCAGGUGCGACAGAACUGUGUAGAGAUGUGCCAGUAUUUCCACUCCGAGACGAAAAAGUUGGCUCGUCGCUUCGAGGAUGAGUUGAAACGCAUUUACUACUCCACGCCCACAUCCUUUUUGGAACUGAUCCAAACCUUCAAGUCGCUGCUGGCGGAGAAGCGCGACUCGAUCAGCAGCUUGAAGUCGAAAUAUGAGGUCGGCUUGGAGAAGUUGACCACCACUGAGCAAUCCGUGGAGGGAAUGAAGCAGGAGCUUAUUGCACUCCAACCAAAACUGGUCGAGAAGAACAAAGAGGUUGGUGAGAUGAUGAUCGUGGUCAACGAGGAAAGUGCGAAAACGGAGAAGGUCAAAGAGGUGGUGGCCGCUGAUGAGAAGGUGGCCAGCGAAGCGGCGGCGGAGGCGGAUGGCAUCAAGAAGGAGUGUGAGGAAGCGUUGGCCGAAGCCAUGCCGGCCUUGAACGAAGCACUGAAGGCCUUGGACACUCUGUCGGGGAAAGAGAUCGCGGAGGUGAAGGCUAUGAAGAAUCCCGCAGCACCUGUUCGCCUGGUGCUCUCCGCUGUGUGCGUUCUGAGAAAUGUGAAGCCUGUGAGGGUCAAGGAUGAGAGUGGCAAAAUGGUGGAUGAUUUCUGGCCAGCAGCUGUCAAGAUGAUUUCAGACAUGGGUUUCCUUCAAUCUUUGCAGACCUUUGACAAGGAUAACAUCCCUCCUGCUACCAUCAAAAAGAUUGCGGAAUACACUGUGAAAGAAGACUUCCAGCCCGACCGCGUCCAAAAAUCCUCGACUGCAGCUUGGGGUUUGUGCAUGUGGGUACGUGCCAUGGAGACCUAUGACCGCGUGGCCAAGGUGGUGGCACCCAAGAAAGAAAGCCUGGCCGAAGCUGAAGCCGCCUAUCAAGGAGUCAUGGAAAAGCUCAAAGAGAAGCGUGCCGAAUUGCAAAAGGUCCUGGAUGAACUCUCGGCGUUGAAUGGAAAGUUGGCAUCACUCAGGCAGGAGCAGGAUAACCUCACCAUGGAAGUUGACCUCUGCCAGAAGAAGUUGGAGCGUGCUGAGACGCUGAUCACCAGCUUGGGCGGCGAGAAGACGCGCUGGACGCAGAACGCCAUCGACCUGGCAGCUGACUAUGUGAACCUUACGGGCGAUGUCAUCGUUGCCAGUGGUUUGAUCGCAUACCUUGGUGCCUUCACUCCAGACUUCCGCGAGAGCGCUGUGAAGGCCUGGGCGGAGGAGUCGCUGCAGCGUCAGAUCCCGGGCUCCGAGAAGUUCUCGUUGGAGAAAUGCCUGGGGGAACCCGUGAAGGUGAGGGCUUGGGUGGUGGCCGGACUGCCGAACGACUCCUUCAGCAUUGAGAAUGGCAUCAUCAUGGACAAGGUGGCCCUUAUGCAUCGACCCACAAGGGCAAGCCAAUCGGUGGAUCAAAAAGCACGCCAUGUCUUGGAUGUCUUGGGGAUGGGGCAACCACUGCAGCUGGUUGUGGCGAAGUUUACGGAUGGCGACUAUCUGAAGCGCUUGGAAGGUUGCAUCCAGUUUGGCAACCCCAUGCUGAUCGAAAAUGUCCAAGAGGAGACGGAUCCGGCGGUGGAACCGGUCCUCUUGCGGCAGACCUUCAAGAAGGGAAGCGCGAUUAUGAUCCGCUUGGGCGAGUCGACCAUUGAAUGGGCCAAGAGCUUCAAGUUCUACCUGACCACGAAGUUACGAAAUCCGCACUACCUGCCAGAGGUAGCCGUGAAGGUCACCCUGUUGAACUUCAUGAUCACUCAGGUUGGACUACAAGACCAGUUGCUGAACAUCGUGGUUGAAAAGGAACGUCCAGAUCUGGCAGAGGAAAAGGCCAGAUUGGUGGUCGAAGGUGCUGAGAACAAGGAGCAAUUGGAAGUCACUGAGAAUAAGAUCCUGGAUGUUCUCAGUUCUUCCCAGGGCAACAUCCUUGAAGAUGAAGCUGCAGUGCAGGUUCUUUCCGCCUCCAAGCAGCUCUCCAACGAGAUCGCCCAGAAGCAAUUGACCGCAGAGACCACAGAACGGCAGAUCGACGAAGCGCGACUGCAGUACGUUCCCGUGGCGUUCCAAACAGCCAUCCUCUUCUUUUGCAUCGCUGAUUUGGCCAACAUUGAUCCGAUGUACCAGUAUUCCCUGCCUUUCUUCAUCAACCUCUUCAGAGCGGCCAUCUCCAAGUCACAGAAGUCCGAUGACAUCGCCGAACGCAUUUUGAUCCUCAACGACUUUUUUAUGGAGAUGCUUUACAAGAACAUUUGUCGCUCCCUCUUCGAGAAGCACAAGCUGCUCUUCUCCUUUUUGCUCACCAUGCGAUUGCGGAUCACCACUGGCAAGGUUUCAAUGUCAGACUACCGCUUCCUCAUGACCGGUGGCACGGCGAUGGAGGAGCCUCCAGCCAAGCCAGCAGACUGGGUUCCUGACAGGUGCUGGUUGGAGAUCUUCAAACUGAGUAAAUUGGAAGAGAUCUACCAAGCCAUUCCGGAGAGCUUCACCAGUGAAACCCAGAAGUGGAAGGAUGCCUAUGAUUCCGGCGAUCCCAUGAGGUGUUUGGAAGACAUUCGUAAAGCUCCACAGAGCCUGAAGGGUCUGACGCAAUUCCAGAAGCUCAUGGUCUUGAGGUGUGUGAGACCCGAUCGCGUCCUGCCUGCGGUGCUCACCUAUGUGACCGCCGAGAUCGGCGAGAAAUUUGUGACACCGCCGCCUUUUGACAUCGCCGGAAGUUAUGCCGAUUCAUCAACCACAUCGCCCUUGAUCUUCAUCCUGUCACCUGGGUCUGACCCAUCCUCGGCGCUGUACAUGUUCGCAACUGACAAGGCACGGGAGAUCAACAGUUUAUCCUUGGGUCAGGGUCAAGGUCCCAAGGCCGAACGCUUGCUGGCGGAUGCCACGCAGAGUGGAAGCUGGGUGUUGCUUCAGAACUGCCAUUUGUUCGCCUCCUGGAUGCCGAAGCUGGACAAGAUCCUGGAACAGAUGGAUCCCAAAGCGACCAACGUGGAGUUCAGGUUGUGGCUCACGUCCUACCCAUCCGACAAAUUUCCAGUGUCAAUUCUCCAGAACAGCGUCAAGAUCACGAAUGAAGCGCCACAAGGUUUGCGCAUGAAUUUGGAAGGCUCCUAUUUAAUGGAUCCUAUUAGCAACGAAGAGUUCUUCGAAGGCUGCAAGAACCCACAGGCAUUCAAGCGCUUGCUGUACGCCCUGUGCUUCUUCCACGCUGUGAUUCAGGAGAGACGACUCUUUGGACCCUUGGGUUGGAACAUCCCCUACGAAUUCACGCAAAACGAUUUGCGGAUUUCAGCUCGGCAACUGCAGAUGUUUAUUGAUGAGUCUCCGGAGCAGAUACAGUUCAAGGCUAUCAACUACCUGGCGGGAGAGUGCAACUAUGGUGGCCGCGUCACCGAAGCACAGGACCGACGGUUGUUGAUGACUCUUCUGCUAGACUACUACAAUCCUGAAGUCUUGAAACCAGGCUAUAGCCUCUGUCCUGAGCAUCCAGACUUCACUGUGCUCCCAGCCAGCUCUUGGGAGGAGAGUUUGGAGAUGAUUCGGCAGACGCCCAUGGUGACCCCCCCGGGCAUUUACGGAUUCCACGCCAACGCCAAUCUCACUCGAGAGCAGAAUGAAACCUAUGCGAUGAUGGAAAACUUGCUGCUGACUGUGGGGCAGGCAUCAGGCGCUGGUGGAACGUCACCAGAGGAGACCGUGGGCGAGGCGGCGAAUGACAUCUUGCGGCGGAUGCCCGAGCAGUUUGACUUGGUGCAGGUACAAAAGAGGUAUCCCACCAUGUAUGAGGAGUCCAUGAACACCGUCCUGGUACAGGAAUUGACUCGUUUCAACAGCCUCACCCGGGUCAUUGUGGCGACCCUCAAGGACAUCCAGAAGGCCAUCCAAGGACUUCUUUUGAUGAGUUCUGACCUGGAGCAAGUCUUCUUGUCCAUUUUCAAUGGAAAGACGCCCGCCAUGUGGUUGGCCAACAGCUAUCCUUCAUUGAAGCCCUUGGGUGGUUACACCAAUGAUUUGAUCGAGCGGUUGAAGUUCUUCCAGGCUUGGAUCGACAAUGGAAUUCCGGUCACCUUCUGGCUGAGUGGCAUCUACUUCACUCAGGCCUUCACCACGGGUGCAGCGCAGAAUUUCGCCCGGAGGUACACCAUUCCAAUCGAUACCCUGGUCUUUGACUUCGACAUGCCUCAGGAUCAACAGCCUGUGGCUAAGCCCGAGAAUGGAGUCUACUGUUAUGGACUGUUCUUGGAAGGCUGCAAGUGGGACUGGUCAGAGUGGGAACUGGCAGAAAGUGAUUUGAAGGUGCUGUACGUGUCGGUCCCCCUCCUAUGGAUCCUGCCGUGCAAGAAGGCAGAGUUGCGGAAAUUCCCGUGGUACGAUUGCCCGUUGUACAAGGUGUCAACUCGAAAAGGCGUCUUGUCGACCACUGGACACAGUACCAACUUUGUCAUGCCCAUCAAGCUGAGAUCCUCCCAUCCAGAGAGCCACUGGGUGAAGCGUGGCGCUCAUCAAACUCAGCUGAUGACUUGUACAUUUAUGCCAGGACCUGGGGAUAACUUCGGGUUCUUUGUCAAUGGAUCCACAGUGUCCAUGUAA